GGCCGGGGGCGGCGGGCAGCGGGUGAGGCGCGGGCGGAGCCGGCGAGGUCGGGGGCCGUCCUCGGGCCGCUGUCCGGCUCCCUCUGGGCGCGGCGGGGCGGGCGUCUCCGCGCCUGGUCAGUCUCGGGGCCGGCCGGCGGCUGGGUGGGCGGGCGGCGCCAGCCAGAGCCGAGGCCGGGCGGGGUCCGGAGGCCUGGGCACCUGCUUGGGCCCGGCGCGCGCCCCGAAGGGACCACUAGGGCUGGACUGCGGGGUCUGGGCGCCGCCGGCCGGGCCGAAGGUGGCUCUGAGGCAGCUGCUCAGGGCUCUCCAGCCUCCGCCCCGGGCGUCUCGGGAUUCCCAGUUUCCGGGCCCCUCGCUCCCGGGCGCUCCCUGUUGUACCGGCGGGGGGUAGGGGGCUGAGGCCCCUGCAGAGCCAGGCCCGGCCGCGGGGUCGACUCCGCGGGUGUCUGUCCUGGAGCCGCUGCCUCAUGCCACCGCCUUUCUCCAGGUAAACAGGCGGCGACGGCGCGUUAUGCUUGGCCUGGGAGGUCUCCAUGGUCACUCCCGCUCACUCGGGUCCUGCCAUUACCGAGGGCGGGCUGGGCUGACCUGGGGUGUAAACAGUACCCUUCUAGGCCAAGUGGCGGGGCUUUAGGGCGGCACCAGCCAGGGACGCUCCGUCUUGAGACUUUCAGCAAGCUUUUUCCACAUUGGGCCUCAGUUUCCCUAUGUAAGAAUUGCGAGUUCCGAUUAGCACCCUUAAAGACCCUUCUGGCUCCACAGUGCUGGGUAUGUCUGAAAUUGGAAGGUCUGUCGUUGAUUCCACAUGCUCGGUAGUUUCACUGAAGACUUUUUGCAAAUGUAGACUUUGUAGCCACUUACUGCACUUUGUUUCAGACAGGUUUAAAAUGAUUCCAAGAAGCUUUUCUAAACCUCACCUUACUCAUCCUUCAUCCCUUGCCCGUUGUCCCUCGUUUUAAUCACAUUCCUUGGAGCUCUUGCAUGCAAACGUUUUGUUGUUUAUAUUUCCCAUUUUCUCUUUGUUGCCUAGUCCAGGCCCUCUUUGCUUCACAUCUGGAUUAUUGCAACAGCUUCUUAGCUGGUCUCUGACUCCAGAGGUUCUCCCCUCCCCCAUCCUUUCUUUAUGCUAACGCCAAACUUACUGUAGGAGGUCAAAAAAUAGUUGAGUGCUUGCUUAUUAAAUGUCAAGAUGCUGUUCUAUGUGGUGGAGGAAAGUAGUUGAAGGUGCACGGUCUCCAAGCAGCCUUAUACCAUGGGCUGAGACAUUACCUGUGGAAAGGUAAUUUUGAUACCACAGGCUGUGUGCUGAAUUUAGAAGGAGAGAGAGGGGUUAUUGUAUACACAUUGGUCAGGGAAGGCUUAGUGAGGGGGUGGGAUUUGAGCUGGGUGUUAAAGGGUGAGUAGGGUUUUGAUAGGAAAAGAGGAGUCAGCCCUGUGAUCCUGUGGAGUUAGUGACUAGACCAACUUCCUGGCAGAGUAGAGCUCUUGAAGGAGGGAGAAAAGAAGAAAGAUCUGUGGGGGCUGGUUCAUGAAGAACUUGAACACCAGACCGAAGUUGAAACUAUUCUAAAGGCAUUGGUGAGUGACAGGAGACAAGGGGUGGUUCCUGUGCUGGAGGCAGAAGGGAGAGGCUGGGAGGCUAGAAGAGAGAAGAUCAGCUAGGAGGCCAUGACAGUCAGAUCACUACUGAAAGCUAAGUAGUGUUCUUCUGCCUGCCACAUUGUGUCCAGCCACCACCAGCCCUUCUUUUCAAGAUUCUUUUUGGAUUACCCCACCCCUACUCCCACACCUGAACCUCUGCCUCUUCUCCAAGUCUGGCCCCUGCAGAAGAAGCCAGGUUGUGACUGUGGCUUGGCUUUGCUCCUGUAUUUCCCCUCCUCUGUACACAUUCUGCAUUUCACUUCCUUCAAGCCCCUGCUGAAGGCAUACUUCCUCCAGAGGGUGUUCCCUGCCUGCCCUCCCCCAUGCCUUUGUGGCCCUCGGAUCCAGCAUUGGUUCCUUGGUUAUUGAACUUGUUCUUUUCUUUACUUUUCAUUUUUGGAGGAGACUAUCUAUUUCUCUCAGAACUCUUCUAGUACCUAAUGCUGGAGCUGGGCUUUUAUAACAGUUACUCACAUACUUCCUGAUUAUUGUUGGUAAACAACUGUUUUGUAAGUUGACUUUUUUUUUAAAGGAGAAACUGUUAGAAGUCAUCAGCCUUCUCUGUCAUGGAUAACUAAAAAAUUCAAGGUGGAUGUUUUCAGCUCUCAUUCUUGGAAUGCAGAAGGCACGAAAUGAAUAUUUGAAAUAUUAAAAUGUUACUCUUGAUUAUGGGAAAAGAAACAUGUCAUGUUGUUCUUCAGUUGGAGGCUGUGGGGAAGGAACAUAAGCGUUGGAAUCAGGCCCCAGUUUGCAUCCCAGCAAGGCUACUUCUUGAACUUGAACAGUUUCUCAAAUUGCUUUUUUUUUUUUUAAUAUGUAGCAUGUGGAAUAAAGUCCAUUUCAUAGGUUAUUAUGGGUUUUUAAAUGAGAAUGGUACACAAAGAGGUAGCAAAGUUGGUAGCACGCAGUAACUGAUGCAUUUGCAUUAUUAUUAGGUGUAAAUUUAUCAAGGUGGAGGAAUGCUAGGCUGCUGGACUGUGCGGGUCCACAGAGUGGUGAAUUUCCGCUUUCCAGUUGAAGCACUUGUCAAAAAUGUCAGUAUGUUGAAUCUAGAAUGCCAUCACUAUGUUUUAUUCCCAUUAAUUUUCAUGUUACUUUAGUUUAAAUUCUGCUUAAUGUUUUUCAUACUUAAUUGUGUCCAUUUAAUGUUUUGUAGCUGACAAACUGCUGAAGUUAGUUUAGUGAAGGUCAUCAACUGAAUGCAGUUUAAGUUUCUAAUGGUUAUUUUCUGGUUGAUGUUGAUGACAUGGAAAACCUCAUGGAAGAAUGCAAUUCAAGAGGUUCCAGAACAACGUUAAGAGUGAUGAUGGUAGAAAACCUUGUCUAUCUUCCAGGGCCUGAUGGGAAUGCCUUUACUGAAGUGUUUACCAGAAUGUGCUUCAGGGAACACUGAUUCUUUGGAAUAUUAAUAUUACGCCUUAUGUCAGUAGAAAUGGACAGCAGCAGUUUUAUUCAGUUUGAUGUGCCCGAGUACAGCAGCACCGUUCUGAGCCAACUAAACGAACUCCGCCUGCAAGGGAAACUAUGUGACAUCAUUGUCCACAUUCAGGGUCAGCCAUUCCGAGCCCACAAAGCAGUCCUUGCUGCCAGCUCCCCAUAUUUCCGGGACCAUUCAGCAUUAAGUACCAUGAGUGGCUUGUCAAUAUCAGUCAUUAAAAACCCCAAUGUGUUUGAGCAGUUGCUUUCCUUUUGUUACACUGGAAGAAUGUCCUUGCAGCUGAAGGAUGUGGUCAGUUUUCUGACUGCAGCCAGCUUUCUUCAGAUGCAGUGUGUUAUUGACAAGUGCACACAGAUCCUAGAGAGCAUUCACUCAAAGAUCAGCGUUGGAGAUGUUGACUCUGUCACCGUUGGUGCUGAGGACAAUCCUGAGAGCCGCAAUGGAGUGAAAGAUGGCAGUUUCUUCGCCAACCCAGUUGAGAUCUCCCCUCCAUACUGCCCUCAGGUACGGCAGCCCACCACCAGCAGUGAUCUUCGGAUGGAGACGACCCCCAGCAAAGCUUUGCGUAGCCGCUUACAGGAGGAGGGGCACUCGGACCGGGGGAGCAGCGGGAGUGUGUCGGAGUAUGAGAUUCAGAUUGAAGGGGACCAUGAGCAAGGGGACCUAUUGGUAAGGGAAAGCCAGAUCGCCGAGGUAAAAGUGAAGAUGGAAAAGUCCGACCGGCCCAGCUGUUCUGACAGCUCCUCCCUGGGUGAUGACGGGUACCACACUGAGAUGGUUGAUGGGGAACAAGUUGUGGCAGUGAACGUGGGCUCCUAUGGCUCUGUACUCCAGCAUGCAUAUUCCUACUCGCAGUCAGCCUCACAGCCAUCAGGUGUAUCUGAAGCUUUCGGAAGUUUGAGUAAUUCCAGCCCAUCCAGGUCAAUGCUGAGCUGUUUCCGAGGAGGGCGUGCUCGCCAAAAGCGGGCUUUGUCUGUCCACAUGCACAGUGACCUGCAGGGCGUGGUGCAGGGGUCUGACAGCGAAGCCAUGAUGAACAACCCUGGGUAUGAGAGCAGUCCCAGGGAGAGGAGUGCCAGAGGUCACUGGUACCCCUACAAUGAGAGGUUGAUCUGCAUUUACUGUGGGAAGUCCUUCAACCAGAAAGGAAGCCUAGAUAGGCACAUGCGACUCCAUAUGGGAAUCACCCCCUUUGUGUGCAAGUUCUGUGGGAAGAAGUACACGCGCAAGGACCAAUUGGAGUACCAUAUCCGGGGCCACACUGAUGACAAACCAUUCCGCUGUGAGAUCUGUGGGAAGUGCUUUCCAUUCCAAGGUACCCUCAACCAGCACCUGCGGAAAAACCAUCCAGGCGUUGCUGAAGUCAGGAGUCGCAUUGAGUCCCCAGAGAGAACAGAUGUGUACAUGGAACAGAAACUAGAAAAUGAUGCGUCGGCCUCAGAGAUGGCCCUAGAUUCCCGCAUGGAAAUUCACACAGUGUCUGAUGCUCCUGAGUAAGAUGGUAAAGAAGUGCACCAAACAAAGCACAUUAAUCAAUGCAUAUUUGUGAUUUGCUUUGUUGUAAUCUUUGGUUUUCCCAACCAUCUGGAAAUCUCUUGGUCUGUUGGCAGUUUUUCUAAAGUUUCUGGAUGGAACACUUCAUUGUGUUUAUCCUUUCCUCCACCCUCUCUCCCCCAAGGAGCUCAAAGCAUGAAGGGCAACAUAUCCAGGGAAAACACAGGCUGACAGUAUUUCUCUUUGGCCGAACUCUAAAUCCCAAACCUGCCAGUAAUUUAGCUAUGCCAACUGGUUGACCCUACGUUCUCUGCCAAGAGGCAUACUCUUUCUCAUUGUGGGCACUGGCACCAGUGCAUUUCCACAGAGAGAGACUAGGAUGCCGUCAGUUGAUACAAAUGGGUAACCUUUUCUAAGUUAAAAUUACUUUUAGGGGGUAGUUAGACAAUUUAUAUAUAUAUAUAAUAAAGUAAUUAUUAUAUAUAUAGUAUAUAUACAGUCUCAAAUUUGAGUUUAUUCUGGUUGAGGUGAAUGUAAGAGGAAUAUAUAAUUUAAUAAAAUGUGAACAGAGUCUUUGACUCUGUCCCAUCCCUACCUGAUAUAUUAGUUUUGCCCCUUCAUUUCCCCUACAGAAGAAUGUCAGUAGGUGUUCAUAUAUAUUAAUCAUUUUGUCCAAAAGCAGGCAAAGCAAAUCACAGUGUUCAUAGCUCUGCUUCAUAACAAAUACAUGAACCAAAUGCCAUAAAAUUUCUUCAACUCUAGUUGGAAACCGUUUGGAAUUUUUUGUUCGUUGUCCAGCAGGUAAACUGGAUGACCUGUGGUGCUGACCUUUUACAUAGUGUAGUGUUAUUAGCCAACCCCAAAGGAGCAGUGGUUUUCAAGGUUUUUACCGGCCUACAAAUCUACCUUCAUUCCGUACUGUAGAAACAUACAUACCAGGUAACUAAAUCGAAUCACUCUACCAUGAGUUAGUACUCGCACUAAAGGAAAGGAAUUUGUAGUUCUGUCUACAAAAUUCUCCAAGCAGUGUUUUGUGUGUGUGUGUGUGUGUGUGUGUGUGUGUGUGUGUGGCUUUUUUUUUUUUUUCUUUAUCUUUUCAAACAGCCAGUUCAGGUGCACAGCAACUUUUUCUACAUGCAGUUCCCAAGGAAACUGCAGAACUUGGAAUUUGUACUUUUUGUAAAGCUAUACUCUAUGGGAAUUGCAAGCAAUAUAUCUAUCUUAGUAUUGUGUGUACUAAUGAGAGCCCUCAGUGGCUCCUCCGCUCUCUCAGUGUUUCCUGCUUAAAGAAACCAACAGUUCGAGGCCCUCUAAGAUACUCUGUGUGUCACCAAAUCUGUGUGUGUCACCAUAUUUUUGGUCACGUGGUGCUAUUUUUAUGUUAAGUAUCUUUUUAGGUCAGUAUAGUUGUAGAAAAUGUGAAAUCUAAUGGUAAUAAUGAAUUAUAGUUGCUUUUCUUUCUUGAGUUCAUAGCUUAAAAAGAGACCUCAAAAGCAUGUGUUGGCAAACAGAUUACUGUAGAAAGCAAACCUGAGUCCUGUCUGAGUAAUGUUCUAAUAGUACUUUAGGAAACAGCUUCAGUCCACUCCUGUGUUCACAUGUGCGAACAGCUUUACAAGAUGGCUCUGGUACUGUACACUCUGGCAGAGAGCCAUUUUGGAAGCAGCUUGGAUUAGUCUUGCUGUAGGCCACCCAGGGAUUGUCAGCAUCAGUCUCUCUGCCUGAGAACCUGGGCUCUGAGACCCAUACCCUAGCCCGUCUCCACAGGAGAACAGCAUAGCCACCUAAAAGAAAAACAGAACAAAAGACCAGCCUCAGAAGCUAGAAGUUAAUGAGUACAGAAAUAGGUGUUUGCUGGUUUCCCAUGCUUUUUUGGCUCUUAAAAUACCAAGAAUGGUGGAUUUGGGGGAUUUUUUUGUUUUGGGUUUUUUUAUUUUUUGAGGAAGUCAUUCAAGCCCCUCGUGUAAUAGCCCCCGGGUGGUGGCUGUGCAGUAGCACCUCUUUAGCACACAGGAUCUGUUCACGUGUGAACUGCUGCAUUACACCUCAGUGUUAACUCCGCGUAGAUUACUCUCUAAUCUCGCUGUUCCAGGAGAGGAGCGGCGCUUGCUAAUCGGGUAUAUAGUAUGCCUUUUUCCUCAUCAAACUGCCUAAGUGGGGGUUGGCUCUCUCCCUGAAGCACUUGCUCAACUCCUGAUAAAGCCGCGUGCCUCAAGGGGAGGCUAGACCCCAAGUGUUUACCCACUUAAAUGUGUUCUGGGGUUUCAGGUAAAUGUUUGUGAUAUUUUUUCCCACAAAUAAGUUUGCUUUUUAUUUUUCUUUUUUAAAAAUUAAAUGCAAAAAAUUUGUGUUGUGAUACAAAAUGAGUUUGUGACAAGAAAGGCCUAAAUCCAAGGACAUGAGAGGUCAAGCUCAGGGAAGGGAUCUCCUUUUCACUCAGGCUUGGGGCUUCCUGCGAGGGCUCCAGAGCUUUUCAAGAGAUAAGAGACAGUGAGGAGGGGGGAGCACUUGAGGCAGCACCUCCAUGUCCUGCUUCUUGUCACCGUGUCUGUCUAAACCUUAUUUUCAUGGAGUUCUUGUGUUUGUAAACUUGUUUAGCUGGUUUGAGUUUACCAAAGAGUGACUUAUCCAAAAUUGUCUUUGACAAAAAUAUCCAUUGCUUUGAUUGUACAGUUCAGGUUCAGACAUUGUAAUGGGACUGAUAAGGGGCAGAAAAUUGACUGAGUUUCUCUCUAAUCGUCAUGAUUCUCAUUUUGCAAGUUCCACUUGCUCCCAUUCAUGUUGCUAACACUUGACCCUCUCCACUGCUAGCAGUGUUAAGAUGAAUUCUCAAGCCAUAACACAGUACUGUAAGGUUUCGCGGGCUUCGAGGGAGGUGGCGCCAAGGCCAGCACAGCGCUGUGUGCUCACUGAGAUGAGCGCUCCACUGCCUGCCUCCUGCGGUGGGGCAGGGCGUGAGAGUCACUCCACUCAGAGGGACAGCAGCAGUUCAUUGUGCCUUGCCGCAUGAGGAUGUGCCAGGAGGAUUGACAUGGCCCCAGAACAGAACCCUUCUCUCCCCGAAGCUCACUCCACGUCUCCACAGACAAAGGACGCUGUGGAGCUCCUUAGAGCAAACUCUUUUUGGAAAGCAAAGUCCCUAUUUCUGUACAGUUUUAGGUUAGGUGUUUCAUUUAUAACAGAUAGAGUGAUAUGUGAAGAGAUCUUUUACAGUAAAGUAUAUCCUGAAUUCCUAUAGGCUUGUUCAUAAUUGAGUCUCUUCUUGAGCUACCUUUUCCAUAUUAGACAAUGUGAAGACAGUGACAGAGUCCUUUUCUAUCAAUGUUUAACCUGUUAUUACAAACUGUGAACACAAAAAAUUUUAUACUUUUGCUAAUGUUUGUGGUUUUAAAUUUUUCAUUUUAAUCAAUUCUUUGCCCUCUAAUUUCUAUUAAAGCUGUAAAUACAUUUAAAAAUUAUAUUUGUAAAUACAGUAUAUGAAGACAAGUUAAUUAUUUGGUCAGUGGAAAAGCCUCUCAACCAAUUGGUUCUGCCUUGGCAGUUGUUUGGUUUUUUUUGUUUUGUUUUGAUUUAGUUUUUUAAAACAGCAGAAAGGAUACUGUCGGUUCACUGUUAAGCAGAAUAUACUGUAGAACUAAAUUGAUUAUUUCCAAAUCUUCCAGAGCAUAUCUCUUCUAAUGAUAGCAGUUAUAACCAACUCUGUUUUUCCCUUAGCCCAGACCAUAGACCUGCGUAUUUUUGUGUGUGGUUUUGUUUUUAUUUUUGUUGUAGCAGCCUGGAUUCCAGGAAGAAUUUGCAGGAACACAAAACAAGGGCUAGGGGGGUCAUCUAUGUGAAUGAGCUUUACUUUAGAGAUCAAUGUGUUUAGUUUUAACAACUUUUUCUAUUUGUUACUGUGAUAUUUUUGUUGUUGUUAUCGUCGUUCUUACUGUUCAAUUCUAUAAUGGUUUCCUGUGAAGCCUCCACUGAAAGGGACUCAAAUAUGCAACACCUAAACUAUUUUCCAAGGGCACGUGCCCCUUGAAUGGUGCUUCUAGACUGGUCAGGGUUAUUUAUUAAAUUUUAUAUAUGAAAGUAUUGGGGAAUUAUGUAAAUUCUUUAUAUGAAACUAUUUAGUUCAUAAAUCAUAGAUUUCAUAUUACUCAGUGCAACUGAACUGAAAGUUCAGAAAAGUCAUUCACAUUGUUCCAAAUUUGUAACGGUUGUCACAGGUCACAUGCGUCUUUUUCGGUAAGUGCCAGAGUGUUCUCACUGUUUCUGUGCAGUGCUUGACUUCUCAGCCCAGAAGAGAACCUGUGUUCUCUGGUUCCCUUCCUGGGUCUGGCACAGACAGGGCUAAUAAGUUCCUUGAUCAGGUCCCGGAGCCAGCCUGCUUGGUGCUCUGUGUAGCAAUUCAGUAAACAGACCUCUUGCUGCCCCUCAGUGACAAGUAUGCUGUGAAUUCAACCUUUGGACUUGAGACCCAAGCCUCUGGUUGCUGCCCUGACUAGAGUAGGAGGUAAACUUCCCUGGUUAGUUUGAGAAUGGCCGUUUUUCCUAAUGUGAAAACCAUCCCUCUCACCACUUUAUUAGUAGGGCUAACAUUGUUUUCCGUUAUAAAUGGUUGAGCAAUUUGAAUGACUUAACACAGUGUCAUUAUCUUGCAAUAUAAACUGGUAACCUCACAACUCCACACUUCAUCACCACGUGAAGUAAAUGAAGCUAGCUAAGCGGAUGCUGUAUCAACUAGUAACCUGCCAUUAAGGAUUAUUUUAUAGCAUGGAUUUAAGACUAUUUAUUCAAAUGAUAUUUUACUCUCGUAUUCAUUUUGUUUUAGAUUUGUGACAUGAAUAUUUCAGUGCUGCUUAAUUUUGUUCCGAAUUCUUGUUUCUUGCUUGUAAAUGGCUUUUUUUAUGGUAUAAAGUCAAUGGAAAUUGCUGUUUGUAAAUAAAAAUGCUGCUAGAGCAA